AUGUCACUGCUAAAGCACUUGAGUUGUCAUCUCAUAUUGACACAGGCCAUAUUUCUUGGAGCAGACAGUGAUAAUGAUUAUUAUUCAGCCCGUUGGUCAAAAUGCAUCUACAGCUUCCCUGAUCUUAGGGACAUGGUGAUGGUUAGCAACUUUUAUUUUAAUAAAUAUCUGAUAAUUCAGUUCAACAGCACUGUGGGGAGAUUUGUGGGGUUUACUGAGUAUGGAGUAAGUGUUGCAGAGCAAUGGAACAAUGGCAGCAUACUACAAGUAACAAGAACAUAUGUUGAUUCAGAAUGCAGAGCUAAUAUUAUAACCAGGGAUCCAGCUGUCCGUGAUAAAGCAGUGAAACCAAAGGUUAAGCUCAGUUUAGUGAAACCGGCUGGUGGCAGCCAUCCAGCUGUCUUGAUGUGCAGCGCAUAUGAAUUUUAUCCUCCACACAUCAAAGUGUCCUGGCUGAGAGAUGGUAAACAAGUGACCUCAGAUGUGACCUCAGUUAUGGAGAUGGCUGAUGGUGACUGGUACUACCAGAUUCACUCUGAGCUGGCAUACAUCUCAAAACCUGGAGAGAAGAUCUCCUGUAUGGUGGAGCAUGUCAGCUCAGCUCAACGCAUCAUCAAAGACUGGGGUAAGAGGAGAUAAUUACUGACUGUCAUUUUAGAAUUACGUUUAUGGACAGCAUAAUUUGACACACAAGUAUACCCUAUAGAUCCAACUCUUCCUGAUUCUGAGAUC